AUGCCAAAACCUACACUUGAACAAUGGCUUGGAAUAGCUGAUAGAUUCUAUCAAAGUACAAACUUUCCAAAUUGCUUGGGUGCAAUAGAUGGCAAACACAUACGAUCUGUAGUUGAUGCUAAUCUUAGUUUUAUUUGUAUUGAUGUUAGAGCUUACGGUAGGGAAUCAGAUUCUACUGUAUUUAAACAAUGCACAUUUGGUAAAAAACUAUAUGCUCAACAACUAAAUAUACCAAAACCAACAUGCUUACCUAAUACAGAGAGUUCUCCAUUGCCAUAUGUGUUUUUGGCUGAUGAAGCUUUUGGUUUGCAUUCAAAUUUGUGGAGACCAUAUCCUGGACGAGGUCUAAACGAUAAACGGCGAGUAUUUAACUACAGGCUCUCAAGAACACGAAGAACGGUCGAGUGUGCAUUUGGAGUAUUAUCCAACAAAUGGAGAGUAUUACAUACUCCUUUAUCAGUGGAACCAGAUUUUGCCGACGAAAUAAUAAAAGCUUGUUGCAUUUUACACAAUUAUGUUCGCCAAAGGGACGGAGCUAGUUAUGAAGAUAUGGAGUCAAAUCUAGACGCAUAUGCAGAUUAUUUUGUGGGCCCAGGUGCAAUACCAUUCCAAUAUAGAUUUAUUUAA